GAGUGGAUUAGGGCCAAGUGCUGAGCGCGAAGAACCGCCGGGGUGUGUGUCGCAGCAGCUCUUCCUCGGCGGUUUGCUGGGCUCCUAUUAUGGCUGCGGUGGCGGCGGCGGCCGUUGCCGAGGGAGCGAGCAUGAGUGCAGUUCCUGUUUCAGGUGCCGACAGCAAUGGUGAGUCUCCUGAAGUCGAAGGAGAAGGUGUUGGAGCAGUGGACGAAGAGAAGGACGGAGCCACGAAAGGAGCGGAGGCAGUUGGAGACAGCGAGGAGGACGGAGAGGAUGUGUUUGAGGUGGAAAAAAUCCUGGACAUGAAGACCGAGGGGGGUAAAAUCCUUUACAAAGUUCGAUGGAAAGGAUACACAUCAGAUGAUGAUACCUGGGAGCCUGAGAUUCAUCUUGAGGACUGUAAAGAAGUUCUUCUCGAAUUUAGGAAGAACGUUGUGGAGAACAAAGCUAAGCCGGUCAAGAAGGAUAUUCAGAGACUGUCCUUAAAUAAUGACAUAUUUGAGGCAAAUUCUGAUAGUGAUCAGCAAAGUGAGACAAAAGAAGAUACUUCUCCGAAGAAGAAAAAGAAAAAAUUAAGGCACAGAGAAGAGAAAAGCCCAGAUGAUAUGAAAAAGAAAAAAGCAAAGACUGGGAAACUAAAAGAUAAAUCCAAACCAGACCUGGAGAGCUCCUCUGAAAGUUUAGUUUUUGAUUUAAGGACAAAGAAAAGAAUUUCAGAAGCCAAAGAAGAAUUAAAGGAAUCCAAAAAGCCCAAAAAAGAGGAUACAAAAGAAACUAAGGAAUUAAAGAAAGUUAAAAAGGGUGAAAUAAGAGAUUUAAAGAAUAAAUUAAGAGAAGAUUCCAAAGAAAACAAAAAAACAAAAAAAGAGAAAUGUUUUGAAUCUCAGUUGGAAUCUGAAUCAAGUAUACUUAAUGACUCCUCUUUUCAAGAAGACGACAAUGAAGAUUUACACUCGGACAACAGAGAAGAGAAACAGAAGACUAAAAGCGUAAAAGAUAAAGCAGGGCAAGAUGCAGUUCAAGAGGUUUUUGAUAAACAGCCAGAUGGCUUUCUGAGUGCUGAUGAGGAUGUAGAUGUCAAAGCAAAGAGAAAAAGAAAGAAACUGAGAAAGACUGAGGAACUUAAAGAGAGCAAAACACUAGAAAACAGGAACCUUUUCCUAGAGAAGAAAACUAUAUAUAAGAAGCAAAGGAAUCAGGACAAAGGCAAAAGCACCACAGAGUUAGAUAAGUUGCCACCUGCACCUGUCCAGACACAAAAGAGUUCAAGAGCAGGUGUGGAAGAGAGAGGCCUCUGGUCCCCUGACUCAGGUGGGGAGGAGAAAGAGAUAAAAAAAAAUGAACUCAAAGAAAAAAACCAAAAAAGGCAUGAUUUGGACAAGGAAGAAAAAGGCCGUAAAGAGCCAAAGGGAUUAAAGACAUUUAAGGAAAUCAGAAAUGCGUUUGAUUUACUUAAAUUAACUCCAGAAGAAAAAAAUGAUUUUCCUGAGAAUAAUCGGAAAAGAGAAGAAAUACUAGAUUGUAAAAUCACAGAAGAUCACAAAACCAAGGAAAACAAGCAGUUACUUAAAGAAAGGAGAAAUACAAGAGAUGAAACUGAUACUUGGGCAUAUAUAGCUGCAGAAGGUGAUCAAGAGGUUCUAGACAGUAUGUGCCAAGCAGAUGAGAGUUCUGAUGGCAGACAACAGAUUUUGAGUUUGGGCAUGGACUUGCAGUUGGAAUGGAUGAAACUAGAAGAUUUUCAAAAGCAUCUUGAUGGGGAAGAUGAGAACUUUACCACAGCAGAUGCAGUUCCAAGUAAUUUAUUGAGGGAUGCUGUGAAAAAUGGGGAUUAUAUUGCUGUGAAGGUGGCACUUAAUUCAAAUGAAGAAUAUAACCUGGACCAAGAGGAUUCAAGCGGCAUGACUCUGGUGAUGCUCGCCGCAGCAGGAGGACAAGACGACCUGCUGAGGCUCCUCAUCAGGAAAGGGGCUAAGGUGAAUGGCAGACAGAAGAAUGGGACCACCGCCCUCAUUCAUGCAGCUGAGAAGAACUUUUUAACUACAGUGGCUAUUCUUUUGGAAGCAGGAGCUUUUGUUAAUGUCCAGCAGAGCAAUGGUGAGACUGCUCUAAUGAAGGCCUGUAAAAGAGGAAAUUCUGAUAUUGUACGACUUGUAAUUGAAUGUGGAGCUGACUGCAAUAUUUUGUCAAAGCACCAAAAUAGCGCACUGCAUUUUGCAAAGCAGUGUAACAACGUGUUGGUGUACGACUUGCUGAAGAAUCAUUUAGAGACACUUUCAAGAGUAGCAGAAGAAACAAUAAGGGAUUACUUUGAAGCACGUCUUGCUCUGUUAGAACCAAUUUUCCCAAUAGCAUGUCAUCGUCUCUGUGAGGGGCCAGAUUUUUCAACGGAUUUCAAUUACAAACCCCCACAGAACAUCCCAGAAGGCUCUGGCAUCCUGCUGUUUAUUUUCCAUGCCAACUUUUUGGGUAAAGAAGUUAUUGCUCGGCUCUGUGGACCAUGCAGUGUACAAGCUGUAGUUUUAAAUGAUAAAUUUCAACUUCCAGUUUUUCUGGAUAGUCAUUUUGUUUACUCGUUCAGCCCUGCUGCAGGCCUCAAUAAACUCUUCCUAAGGUUGACAGAAGCGCCUUCUGCCAAGGUGAAAAUCCUUUCCUCACAUUUAGUGCAGCUACUUCUAUUGCUAUGCCAGAUUACUUUAUCAUCAGCAGAAAAAAAUUCCAAGAAUGCUGUGUUCCUGGCGUGCCUGUCCUGGAGACAAGUGCUCUCUGGGAUAGCAGUGCACCAGAAUCUACAGAUGUGUUAGAAAUUGUGUGUCAAGAAAGGGACUGAUGGUAAGGAUGCAUCUCUCCAGUAUUGAGCAGUCGGAGCUGUAUUCUGGCCUUUGUUAUUUAAUGUACAACAUUUUAUGUAUGUCUCCAGGCUGUUCACUGAACACUGAAGCUGGACCGAAAGUCUAUGUAACGAUAGUACAGUUAUUUCCUAUAAUAAUCUAAAAGUCAAAUCAUAAGCACUUGGAUUUUUUUAUUAAAAGUGAUAACCUAAUACCCUGAAUUGAUAACCAUUUUGAGAACAUUGCCAAAUAAGACAGACAAAUCUUGGUUGAGUGUUUCCCUCUUCUGAGAAAAGAGAACUCGAUGGAGGUAUCUGUACUGAUUCUUAUGCCUAUUUUCUUUCAAUAGGUUAAGCUACUAAUAGGUGCAUACAGAGUACAGCUGCAGUGACGGAAUGGAGAGUUGGGAUGGAGUUCUUUCCAGAUCCGUUUUGGGACUCUGGCACAGCUAACACCUCCAGAUUUGAAGUUUCAUCUGUAAACCUCUUGCAGUGUCAGGCCUGCUGUCUGUUACAGGCUCUAAGACAGGACAUGGUGGUUCUAAUAUAUUAUAAAAUAUAGAUGUUAAGUAUUUGUGCCAGUGUUCUGAAAUCUCGAUGUUGUCUCCAGACUGCAUAAUUCAGUUUUUCCACAAUGUGGAAUGGUACAUAGGAGAAUUAUUUAAGAAAAUUAAAAGUCUUUUUUCUAACUUGAAAUUUUCUACUAGCCCUGGUGAAUUUCUGCGUUAAAAACAAUUAAGUGUAUAUGUGAUAUUCAGGUUACCGAAGCACUAAAUAAAGUGUGAAUUUGCUGCCCUUGAAGGAUGACUUUCUAACUUGGUAGGCAGAUUCGAGGGAAGAGGUUGAGCUGUUUGUAAUAUGCAGUUGCCACAGACCCUGAAUUGGAGGUGACAACUGUGUGUAUUUGCAGUCAUCCUUUAUUCGUCGAAAAGGUAUAAGAAUCUAAGAUACAGCAAAAAAAAAUGUAAGCCAGGACACUAUGGGGCCUAAAAGAAGAUACUACUUGUGGACUUUGAUCCUUGUUUUUGGAAUCCAUCAAGUAAUUUUCAAAAGGCCAGAUCCUGUGCCCUUAUUACGAACACUGGGAAGGCCAGCCGAGGUUUAUUUGCCACAUUGUGCCUCGUGUGAAGAGUUACUGCUUCUAGAGAUUCCCCACAGGUCUUUUAUAGUCUCUCACGAACUAUGUGGCCAAAUAAGAAGUCAAACUCAGUCUGGACUAUGGAGAUGUAUAAAAUUAUUUAGUUCCUGAUUGGUUUUAUAAUUUACAAUUUUAAUGAAAAAUUUUCAGACUGUCAUAUAGUAGACCACAUACAUUGUAUAGACAUUUCAGAGAGCCAUUUUUACUUUACAUACUGCCUUUUCCUACAUUGUUCUCAAUAAAACACCAAAUGUU